AUGGCGGAUCCGGGCGCGAUGCUGGCGCCGGAUUUAAGGAAGAGGAUCGAGAUCAUGGCGGAUCACAUCGCAAGGAAUGGCCUUGACUUUGAGACAACGGUCAAGCAGAAAAACGCGAGCAAUCCGCAGUUCUCGUUCUUGUACAGCGGUGAGGGCGCUGAGUACUACCAGCAGGUCCUCGCCAGGCAUCGAGGGACCCAGGUACCGGCAGCGGCACCGCCUGUGCCUCCAGCGGCACAGCCUGCGCCGGUGCUUGCGCCGACGAAUCCGCGGCCGCCCACGCCGCCUGCACCCAUGCCGCAGACAACUGGGCACAUGGCGAUGGCUGGGAUGGGAGUGCAGCUGGGCGCUCCGAGUGCUCCCACAGCGGGCAGCCUGGCGACGCUCCUGCGAGGAGGGCAGGUUCAGGGAGCCCCGCCCGUGGAGCUGGCCGAUGUCCUGCGGCGAUGGAAGGAGCCACAGGUGCUGGCGCUUACCCCGGAGGUCGAGCGGCAGCUUCACGGAGUCCUGGCCUCCCUUGAGCACAUGGCUUCCCGGGAUGCCAUCAAGAGUGGUCGGCUUUGGAUCGAAUGUAACAGUGCCCUGGCGCCGCAUAUUGCCGGCCACAUCAUGGUCCGCGUGUCUUUUCUGUCAACUUGUUCUCACAGGCUACACGUGUUGUACCUCGUGCACGACCUUCUGCAGACAGAAGCCGCCCGCAAGGAUGCUCAUGCUCCUCUGGUCCGGGCAUUCAAGCCCUACCUGCCGUGGAUCCUGCGCCCAUGCUACCAGCUGGCGCUGCAGUCGCCUCAAGGAGACGAAACUUCGAGGGUGCUCCGUCUCGUGCAGCUCUGGGUGGAUCGUGGCAUCCUCUCUGCGCAGGAGGCCGAGGAGGUGAAAGCCAUCACGAUGACCCAGGAGCUGCCUGGUGUCCAGCCUCCCGUCGCGCAGGCCGCCGCUGCAGCGCUGCGGCCCAUCACGUCGGUGCCGGCUCCGCCUCUGCCUGGAAUGGCAGGCGCAUUGCGGCCGAUGCACGGCGUGGCGCCGUGCAUGGCUCCUUUCGCAGGGGUGGCCAUGCCGGCAGUGCCCAUGCUACACGGCUACCAGAAGCAGGUCCUGGCUGGACUGCAGCACACCGGCAUGCAGACGCCGGAGACGGUCCCGGUGGGCGUCCUGGCAUCCAUGUUGGCCGGCGUCAGUCAGGCUCAGGGUGGUAGGCUCGUGAGGUACAAGCCGCUGGAUCCAGCCAUGACUCCGCAGGCGUUGCCGGCGAUGGAGGUUCCCACACCGCAGCUGCUGGCCAAAGUGGAGGAAUUCUACGAGGACCUGCAGGACGAGGACCGUCGUUCCAGCAGUUCCUCGAGCUCCUCUCGGUCUCGGUCACGCGAGCGGGAGCGAGAGUCGCGGCACCUGGGAGGCUUCAGCACGAUGAGCGCGGUGCCGCCCCCUGUCUGCUGA